UCGCCUGAGCAUCCCAGUGCAGCCGUCCCGAUAACACGGAACAGCGCAAACACAGAAACGAGAACAGGGAAGUGAGGAAUACUAUGUCGGAUCGGUGGUAAAAGUAACGAAUUUUUCACUUUUUGCAAAAUGGCUGUGCAAUCAUGGAGGUUAUGUGCGAGAUGGCUGGUGGAAUGUGGUGUUUUGCCGUACGAUCACAGGAUAAUGAAUCAGGAUGCAGAAGUUUUUGAUCUGGGACAGACUCUUCGGGACGGUGUUAUCUUGUGCCAUUUGCUCAACCACAUAAAACCAGGCUCAAUAGACACUUUAGAACUAUCGAACAUACGAUCCCAAACUUCACAGUUCUUGUGUAUGAAAAACAUCCGAACAUUCCUACGAGCCUGUUCUAGAGUAUUCAAGAUACGAGAAGCCGACUUCUUUGAUCCAGCAUGGCUCUUUCAGAUGUCAAAUUUUGGAAUGCUCAUCGAUCUGCUCUCCAAACUCUCAAACACAGAUGAUGCCAUCCGUAUGGGAGCAGAGCCCUUCAAGACGGAGCAAGAAGACAUUUAUGGAGGGCUAGAGGAUUUGGCUGAUGAGCAUGAUCUUGCAAACGAGGGCGACAUUUACGACACGGUGGAUGAAGACGAAGGGGACAAGAUUUAUGACGAUCUGGUCAAUAUUCGGCGAGAACUCACCAGCCAGAGGGCUCAACGACAAAGCGAGCCUAAAUCAGCAAAGCGGGAUUUCUGCCGGACAGAGAUAGUUGAGACAGAAGGGAAAUACGUUGAAGCUCUAUCCAUGCUGUGUGAGCAAUUUAUCAGACCUCUGAAAAAAUGCUUAGAAAGAUCAGAAAUUGACAGGAUAUUCCUGAACAUUGAGGAACUUCUGAGGCGGCACAAAGGGUUUUUAAGAGACCUGGAAGACGCUUACAGGAGAUCCAGUCCGACCAUGGCCCAGGCCUUCAAGAAGCACAAGCCAGACUUCCUUAUCUAUGGCUUCUACUGUGCGCACAUGCUUGAAGCUCAGAACUACAUAGAGAAAGUCAGCAAUAACCCUACAGUCAGGGCAAGGAUUGAGGAAUGUGAGAGGAGAGCGAACGAUAGGAAAUUCCGGUUGCGUGAUCUACUAAGUGUCCCUAUGCAGAGAAUACUCAAGUACCAUCUUCUUUUAAAGGAAUUGGUAAAGAGCACAGACAAAACACAUCAAGAGAGGAAAGAACUUGAUGAAGCACUUGAUGAGAUGCAGGAUGUUUCAAUGUAUGUGAAUGAGGUGAAGAGGGACCAUGAACUCAUGCAGUACAAUGAAACAAUCCAAGCAAGUUUGGUCGGUUACAGAGGGGAAAGUCUGAACACCUACGGAAGGAACCAGAAAGAUGGUGACUUGAAGAUUAGAAUUACAGGGGCCAAGAAAAAUACAUCACAGACAAGAUAUUGUUUCUUGUUUGAUAAAGUCAUGCUGGUCUGUAAAAGCGGUGGAAGGCUAAACGUGGAGAAGUUAUGGGGCCAGGAAAGCCAUGAAUAUAUUGAAACCAUUGAUCUAGCACAGUACAAUCUGGAGAAUAAUCUACCAAGCGGUAAAGGGGGAAGGUGGAACUACUGCUUUCAUCUGACAGCUAAAGACCAAAGCGGUGGCAGGAGCAAUCUGGAGGUUGCUUGUAAAACUGAUGUUGAGAUGAUGAGAUGGGUUGAUGGAAUUAAACUUGCUCAGGAAAAUAUCCUGCCAAGGCACACAAAAGGACAUACGGUAGAAUACACAUCAUUCAAGGAAUCUACCACGUGUGAUUCAUGCCAUAAGCUACUCAGAGGGUUGUUCUUCCAAGGCUACAAGUGCACAACCUGCAGCAUCACGGUCCACAAGGAGUGCCUCACUUCCAACCAAACCUCCUACUGCAAUCAGCAAGGAAAUGCCAAACCAUCACCCAUGCCUACCGGUCACCAGCUCAGGGUCACGAGGUCCUACAAGGGCGUGCCGAUGCCCCCCAACGGGGAGCAGCCUCUCAUCGUCUCCAGCGGCUCGCAGGUUAUGGUACUAGAGAACAUCGGCUCUGAAUGGAAGCGAGUCAAGAGUCUAAGCCCACCGAACGCCAUCGGACUUGUCCCGACACAAUACCUGAUGGAGAACUAUGAACCGACAAGUGUUGUUCGACCUCCCAUGCAGAUUAAUAGAGAACCUCAACCACAACAACAACAGAGGGCGCCGGAAACAACUGCAGACCUGUUUCAAUUCCCUUGGUAUGUUGGUGAGAUGGAAAGAACAGAAGCCAAUGAUAAGCUAAUAUCCAAGCCAGGAUGUUUCUUACUUAGAAAGAGCAGGAGGGGAUACGCUGUCAGUUUAGAACACGAUCGCCAAGUGAAACAUAUGAGGGUUGUCAUGGAAAACAAUCAAUUUGGUCUGGCGGAACAGACAACUUUUCCCUCAUUACAAGAUAUGAUCAACUAUUACAGUAGAAACAGCCUGGUUAGUGUGUUCCGCGGUCUGGAUGCCUGUCUACGCAAGCCGUAUCGAGGUGGAACCAUGCCCACAGAAAAUGGAGCUGCUACCAAUGUUGAGGCACGUCCUGCUCAAGGUGUGAGGAAACAACGGUACCAGGUGAUAGGACAUGCGAGGGCGCUGUAUGACUUCAGUGCCAGGGAUACAAGGGAGCUUUCAUUGAAGGAGAACGAAGUGGUUGCAAUCGUCAGUAAGGCUGGGGGACACAAAGGAUGGUGGAAAGGCUGCAUAGGAGACAGGGUUGGUUAUUUUCCUUCAACGUUUGUCGAUGAAAUCACCGACGGGGCCCCAUCCUGAUGCUACAAAUGUCCACCAACGUAACAUAUAAGAUGAACAAUUUUGCUACUUGCUUAUAAUAUUGUAUGUACUUUUCCACAGAGCCUUUAUCCUUAAAUAUAUGAAUAUAUAUAUAUACUUACACGUGAAGACACUAAAAUGUGAAUAUUAGACUAUAUUUGUGAGAUCAAAGGGUAACAAUAAACAACUGCAACAAUAAUACCCUGAAUCUCCUAGAAUGCCGAGAUUGUUGCACAGAGUUAUUUGAUAUUCGUCCAGUACCCCAAGACGUGAUACAAAUCUUGGGGGUGGCUGGGGGAUUUUUGUGUUAAAACUCCCAAUUCUAACUCAAUAUUUAUCUUUUUCUUAUCUUUUUCAAUGCACAAGACCUAACUCAGAUUUUGACAACUUACCAUUAUUUUCACUUGAUUAGAAAUGUUAUUGGUCAACUAGCACCUGAUUAUGUAAUCGCAUUAAAUUGCAACAUUCAGCCCCGCAAGACACAGAGUACAUGCAAAUCCUCAUCGAUGAGCUUCGCCUGUGUGUGCAUGGAACAGGAACAAGUUGUAUUUGACAUGCAGAUCAGAUUCCCAUCAUUUAUGACAAUCCUAAACUGCCCUUCCAUAAAAAUCAGUUUGUUUUUGUGUUCUGUCUUGUUUAUAGUCUGUUCCUCUAGCUAAAAUGUGGGACUGAAUACAAGAAAAAAUAUCAUGCUUAUUGAAGAUAUAGGCCUGUCUAUGUCCAUUUUCAUUUUUUUUUUACAUGGGGUGAAUGAUGUUGUGCACAGAGGUUGAAAUAUGCAUGAAAUUUUGCUUUAGUCGUCUGUUGGGACCACAUGAAUAUGUUAAUAUUGAAAGAGACAGAGAGAGAAAUACAUGUAUGCUGUAUCUGUUUCUAUGUGUAAAGUGGUUCUCAAUGUGGAAUAUAAAGCAUAAACCUCACGCUGGGGUAUGUUGCGAUAAGCAGCCGACAUCCAUGUGCGUUAAGAAAGUCCAUUAUACACAUAAAAACCUGAGACGGAUUUUGUCAAACGAUGUGCAUACCAAAACCUGCAACAUCAUGCUUUGUGGGUUUCUUUUCUCACAUCCAUUUUUCAAAUUGAUCUUGCCUUUGAGCAGGUUCUUACAGCAUUCCACUACUUUCCCUUAUAGAGUUUUUCCCAUUGGAGAGACCAAAAUAAAUAGAUUAAUGUAUAUUUUUGUAUACCUUUUCAAUCUCGAGUUGUUACUAAUCUCAAGGCAAUAGCAGACUCAUAAGAGCAACUUCUAGAUAUUGUGAUGCAAUCGAGUCCUGGGGGUAUUUUACAAAGAUUUAAGUAUGACUUAAAUCGCACUUAAAUGCUGACUCGUAUCUGAAAUGCAACGCGCAAUUUUGGUGAUCAAUACGCAGUAGUGCGCGUUCUCUUGGCAUGAUCUGACCAAUGCGGUCAUGCCUUUUAUAACACACAUGACUAGGCAUUCAAGUGCGACUCUAAGGGUGUGUUUAUGCUUCCAUUGCGAGGACAGAAUCAGCGAUUUCAAACAUCGAUUCAAAACAUGGUUCU